CACACACACACACACACACACACACACACACACACACACACACACACACACACACACACACACACACACACACACACACACACACAACAUGGCGGUGUAGAAUGCUCGGCCGACGUCCCGGACUGAGGCGACAAAAGCGAGGGAUUGCAGCCCAAAUAUGACCGGAAGCUAAGAUCGGAGGACGCAUGAGGGCGCAUUAAUCUUUCUUUUCCGGCCUGGAUUGUGCUGCGUGCUGCGUGCUGAGGCUUUAGCGGCGGAGUCUUGUUGGCGGCGUGUCCGAGCCCCGAGCCUCCUGCUCGGCUACCAGCAGCCCCCCUGCUCCCCCUGGUCGCCCCCAGCCCGCUCCCUGUCUCCUGCAGGGGUGUCGGGGCCGAAAGCCAGGACGAGGGAGCGGACUCACAUUCCUCGGCCUUUGCCCCUCCUGGGCUUCCUCUGGGCGUUCCUGCUGCCUGGAACCUGCUGUGCGAAUGAGUGAUUGAUCCCAUCUUCACAUCUUUAGCCGAUGUAGGACAGAAUGGCCGUGCGUGCCUUGCUGCUGCUGCUCAGUCUGGCCCUGGGGGUCUCAGCCCAGGACCAUGUCCCUGCUGCAACUGCUCCAAAUAUCUCCGACAAAUGGACAGAAGUCCCCAGCGCAGAGGUUAAGAUGACAGUGGCUCCCAAGCAAGCCGCCUCAGGGCCACCGCCAGCACUGACCCUCGGAGUCAUCCCAGUGACGACGACAACAACGGCGAGCCCAGCUGUUGCCGAGGAUGUCCAAGUGGUGGAUUCUAACGCCACAGUCUGGUUGGCACCCAUCCCUCCGCCCCCGUCCCAAGCUCCAUCCCAUGGCUUCCAGCCCACGCAGAGCCCGGAGACCCCCUCUCUUACCACGUCUGUGGAUAGUGAGAACGGCACCACGGUUUCCACAGCAGACACGCCUACUCCCGAAAUGUACAUUGAAGAUGAGGACUUUACCAUGGAGACCGAGUCCACUACAGAAAUGGAGUUCCCCUCAGAUGCCAGCCCACAUGACGACAGCCCUUCUGACGACAUGCCAAUCAUCGCAGUCAUGGUGGCCCUCUCCUCCCUCCUGAUCAUCAUCUUCAUCAUCAUCAUCCUCUACAUGCUCAGGUUCAAGAAAUACAAGCAGGCAGGAAGCCACUCCAACUCCUUCAGACUGGCCAAUGGCAGAUCAGAUGACACAGAACUCCAGAGUGUGCCGCUAUUGGCCCGUUCGCCGAGCACAAACAGGAAGUACCCGCCCCUUCCUGUCGACAAGCUGGAGGAAGAAAUGAAUCGUCGCAUGGCCGAUGACAACAAGCUCUUCAGGGAGGAGUUUAACGCUCUGCCAGUCUGUCCUAUCCAGGCAACGGUGGAUGCUGCCUCCAAGGAGGAGAAUAAAGAAAAGAACAGAUAUGUCAACAUCCUGCCAUACGAUCACUCCAGGGUGCAUCUCUCAUCUCUGGAAGGCGUCCCCGACUCUGACUUUAUCAACGCCUCCUUUAUAAAUGGCUACCAGGAGAAGAACAAGUUCAUUGCAGCUCAAGGGCCAAAGGAGGAGACGGUAAAUGACUACUGGCGGAUGAUCUGGGAGCAGAACACAGCCACCAUAGUCAUGGUGACCAAUCUGAAGGAGAGGAAAGAGUGCAAAUGUGCUCAGUACUGGCCGGACCAGGGCUGCUGGACAUAUGGAAACAUCCGGGUGUCUGUGGAAGACGCCAUGGUUCUUGUAGAUUACACCAUCCGCAAGUUUUGCAUCCAACAGGUGGGAGAUGUGUCUGGCAAGAAGCCUCAAAGGCUGGUCACUCAGUUCCACUUCACCAGCUGGCCAGACUUUGGUGUUCCCUUCACCCCCAUCGGAAUGUUGAAGUUCCUGAAGAAAGUGAAAACGUACAACCCUCAAUACGCCGGGCCCAUUGUGGUCCACUGCAGCGCGGGGGUCGGCAGGACGGGCACCUUCAUCGUCAUCGACGCCAUGUUAGACAUGAUGAAUUCCGAGAGGAAAGUGGACGUGUUCGGCUUUGUCACCAGGAUUCGAGCCCAGCGCUGUCAGAUGGUCCAAACUGAUAUGCAGUACGUGUUCAUCUUCCAGGCCUUGUUGGAGCACUAUCUUUACGGAGACACCGAGCUGGAGGUGACCUCACUGGAGUCUCACCUGGCCAAACUCUACUCCCCUGCACCUGGAGCUGGCUGCAGUGGUCUGGAGGCGGAAUUCAAGAAACUCACGUCCAUCAAGAUCCAGAAUGACAAAAUGCGAACAGGCAAUCUGCCGGCCAACAUGAAGAAGAACAGAGUUCUGCAGAUCAUUCCAUACGAGUUCAACAGAGUGAUCAUCCCAGUGAAAAGAGGAGAAGAGAACACGGACUACGUCAAUGCAUCUUUCAUUGACGGUUACCGUCAGAAGGACUCGUACAUGGCCAGCCAGGGGCCCCUGCAGCACACCAUGGAGGACUUCUGGAGGAUGAUCUGGGAGUGGAGAAGCUGCUCCAUCGUGAUGCUGACUGAGCUGGAGGAGAGAGGGCAGGAGAAGUGUGCUCAGUAUUGGCCCAGCGAUGGCGUGCUGGUGCACGGGGACAUCUCCACCCAACUGAAAAGGGAGGAGGAGAGUGAAAGUUACACAGUGCGAGACCUGCUGGUCACAAACAACAAGGAGAACAAGGCUCGAGCGGUGCGUCAGUUUCAUUUCCACGGCUGGCCAGAGGUGGGCAUCCCCACUGACGGGAAAGGAAUGAUCAAUAUCAUCGCUGCAGUGCAGAAACAGCAGCAGCAGUCUGGCAACCAUCCAAUCACAGUCCAUUGCAGUGCCGGUGCAGGCAGGACCGGAACAUUCUGUGCUUUGAGUACAGUCCUGGAGAGGGUGAAGGCAGAAGGCAUCCUGGAUGUCUUUCAGACAGUCAAGAGUCUGAGGCUGCAGAGACCACACAUGGUGCAGACACUGGAGCAGUACGAGUUCUGCUACAAAGUGGUUCAGGAGUACAUCGAUGCCUUUUCCGACUACGCCAAUUUCAAUACUUUUCUGGCAACUCGGUCUAUGGACGGGACAAAAGUGACGCCAGGAAUGGAGGAUUGAGUCCAAAGGACGGAGCAGAAGGAGAUACCUUCUUGAGUAUUUUGGAAGAGAGGCCUUGUUGAAACUGACAUACAGGACACAUGUUUACUGUCUUGCUUCUUAUUAUUUUACUAUCACACACACUUUUCACUUUGGCUGCGUUUCUGGGCGGCCCAUGUAAAGUAUUUUAUUUAUAUAAAUAUAUAUAUGUAUAUAUAUAUAUAUAUAUAUAUAUAUAUAUAUAUAUAUAUAUAUAUAUAUAUAUAUAUAUAUAUAUAUAAAAUCUAUAUGAAUAUAAAACAAAUGCUUCGGAGGCUUCUGUAAAAUAUUGUUAUUUUGACUUUCUAAGGACAGAGAGGAAGAGCUUCUGGCUGAGUCACAGUGUAGCAGCGUGAGCAGUGUCCAAGGCUCUGAUCAAAGUCACCGGCACAGAUCAAUGUAACUUAUUGAUAGAUUUCAAGCCAGCUGUGAGGUCCGAGACCAUCUAAUAUACACAUGGCCAACAGGGGGCAGCAUUGGUCUCUCUUUAAAGAAGUGACUACUGGAGAGCAAAGUUGUUUAGGCUGCCAGAAAGUGUGCUCCAUUCAAAUGAAAAUGAAUAGAAAUACUUUUUACCCACAAGACACAAGGGUGUCCAAACUAUUGCCCGCCGGCGUCUUUAGUUUGACCCGCAAGAUGUCCUGAGUUCAAUAAUGAAUCUGACCUGUGGGGAGCCGACAACUUCAUAUUUUAAAUAGCUGACAGUCUUAAUUGCUACUAUUCCACCGCCACCUUGUGGACAGUGUGAGUAAAUCAAGUCAUUGACGAUGAAUUUACCGAUAUGACCCAAUCCAAGAAACCUUUGCCACUCAUGGUGCAAACUGCCACCAAACACAGGAAGUCAACACACACAACACAACCUGCUCACCCAAACUAUGUGGAUGUUGUUGAAAAACUUUACAAACUCUGUACAUAGUUCAAGAAAAUACUCAUUUAAUGCCUCUACAAUAAAUGAUAGGAAAAUGCAUAUAUAUAAGUGUGUGUGUGUGUGUGUGUGUGUGUGUGUGUGUGUGUGUGUGUGUGUGUGUGUGUGUGUGUGUGUGUGUGUGUGUGUGUGUGUGUGUGUUUCAGCCCCCGGCCAAAUUUGUAUAGAGUUCAAUGUGGGCUCCAAGUCAAAAAGUUUGGACACCCCUGAUCUAUAUGGACAAAAGUAUUUGAAUACAUUUGUGUUUUUAGUACUAAUUGAGAGCCAAUCAAAGAAUUAGGUUGAACUUCAAAUGGUCAAAAGACGUUUUUUAGGAUGUCCCAAUACUUUUGUCCCUACUGUAUUGGCUAUUAAAGAACCAAAAACACGCACAAGUCA